AGUGUUAGUGCCAGAGUGUGAGUGUUAGUGACAGAGUGUUAGUGCCAGAGUGUUAGUGCACUAGUGAGCUGUGUGUGUAGCAUCACAAUAGGGAGCCAGGGGAGGCCCCGGUGCAGUUGGUACCAAUGGUGAGUAAGUUGUGCGACUGGGCCUGAGUGUUGUGACAAUCACUGUCUGUGUGUAUCUGAGUGUGAGUGUGAGUGACCCAUCAGCAUCCCCACAUCUCCCCUACACUCACACCGCUGGGCUGUCCCCCCCAGGCCAAGUGUUGGGGGUACAAUGACUGGCAGAGGCUGUAGGGUGGCACCGGGGCACAGACUGGGCAAUGACUCCCCCCGUGCCCCCCCCACUGGACCCUGUUGCUGAGAGAUUUCACGUCGCUGGUUGGGGCUCCUCAGUCGGCCAUGUCCCCCCCGGCGUCAGCGGCGAGUGAGAGCAGCACCGGGUCAGUACCGCAGGAGGAACCCGAUACUCUGCGAGAGCUGCAACGGCCGGUCAAGCAGUCUCUGAGCAAGUCUCUGUGCCGAGAGUCCCACUGGAAAUGCCUGGUGCUCUCGCUGCUCAUCUACGGCUGCAUGGGGGCCAUGAUCUGGUGCCACGUCACCAAAGUCACGCGACUGACCUUCGACAGCGCCUACAAGGGCAACUCCAUGAUGUACCACGACAGCCCCUGCUCCAAUGGCUACGUCUACAUCCCGCUGGCCUUCCUCAUGAUGCUCUACGUGGUGUACCUGGUGGAGUGCUGGCACUGCUACACGCGCAACGAGAUGCAGUAUAAGGUGGACCUGGAGAGCGUGCAGGAACGGGUGCAGCGGAUGCAGCAGGCCACACCGUGCAUCUGGUGGAAGGCCAUCAGUUACCACUACGUGCGCCGGACGCGCCAAGUGACGCGCUACCGUAACGGCGAUGCCUACACCACCACCCAAGUGUACCACGAGCGGGUCAACACCCACGUGGCCGAGUCUGAGUUCGAUUACUCCAACUGUGGCGCCAAGGAUGUCUCCAAGGACCUGACCGACCUGGACAGUUACCCGGUGACCCGCCUGAGGUUCACCAAGUGCUUCAGCUUCGCCAACGUCGAGUCGGAGAACUCGUACCUGACCCAACGAGCGCGGUUCUUCACCGAGAACGAGGGGCUGGACGACUACAUGGAGGCCCGGGAGGGCAUGCAUCUAAAAAACGUGGACUUUAAGGAAUACAUGGUGGCCUUUUCUGACCCGGACAAUCUCCCGUGGUACGUGUCGCACUACGUGUUCUGGGCCGCGGGCCUCCUCACCCUGUCGUGGCCCCUGAGGGUGCUGAACGAAUACCGCACUUCCUACGUGCACUACCACGUGGAGAAACUCUUCGGCUUUGACUUCACGCCGGUCACGGCCUCUGAGGAGCGGACGCUGUGCCGGCGGAUGCCACGAGUCAACACCAUUGACAGCACCGAGUUAGAGUGGCACAUCCGGUCCAACCAACAGUUGGUGCCCAGCUACUCCGAAGCUGUCCUGAUGGACCUAGUGGGCAUCUCAACGAGCUACACCGCCUGCCGCUACACCCGGGGCUACCGGCAGAACUGCGAUAGGUGCCACCGGACCAUCAGUAGCUCUUCCAUUUUCUCUCGCAGUGCUCUGAGCAUCUGCAACCCCACUCCCAGAAUCCCUUUCAGCAGCAGUCGCUUCUCCCUUGGGCGACUCUAUGGCUCGCGCCGUAGUUGCCUGUGGCAAAGCCAUAGCGACAGCCUGAACGAGCAAGGUGCCCCCACGGAGCAGACCCGGCUCUCCAGUCAGGUGACGGUAGAAGAAGAGGAGCCCCCACCCUACCAGGACGCCCUCUACUUCCCAAUCCUUAUUGUCCACCGCAACGAGGGCUGCCGAAACCACGAUCAUCGGCGUCUCCAUCGCAAUGGCUCCUGUGUGGAGACUUCGCUGUGAUGCCCAAUGGGAGACUAACGGUUUUCACUUGGGAUUUUCCCGUCAGGAACCAAGGAAGGAUGGCCAAUCCCAAGGCCUAUCCCAAGGCCUAUCCCAAGGCUUAUCCCAAGGCCUAUCCCUUUGCCCAUCUUUGUGUUUGGGCAGGCAAAGGGCUUGUUUGGCCAAGGGAACCUUCAAUGGACAAGUUGUCCAAAGAGCUUCUGAAUGUGCAUUGCUUAUUCACUAUAAAGCAACUCUUACAAUGGAGCAGAAUAUGGCGCCUCCUGCUGGGACCAUAAAGGUGAACCAACCAACUAUGGGCACAAACACCCAAUGAAGGGAGGUGCCAAGUCCAAUCAUAUCUAGAAUGUCUUUACUCCAGUGUGGACUCUACACCUGGAUCAGGGAUGAUCAGAACCAACUGAUCGGCUGCAGGAUAUUCACUCACAAAUAAUAAGUUCAUGAACCAAUCGGCUUUGGCGGCAGUGGGAUUCACCCCCUUUCACAUGGAAUCUUCCACACGGGGGGGGGGGCGGGGGUUCCUGGAAUAUAUGUUUCCCCCCCCCCAGAGAGAGGGUAAGAGCUGUGCUUGGGGGGAAGAGAUCUCUGCUUCACACUUGCACAACAGCAGCCCCUGGGUGUGCGGCAGCCCCAUGAAUAAUGGAUGUGCCAAUGGCCGCUGACAUUUGCUAAUUGCGAUCCAUUAGAGAUGGAGAAGAGCUGAUGAUGAUAAAACAUGGAUGGGAGGGGGCGGCGGGGAGAACUGUUAACCCUCUCCACUCCUUGGGCCUUGUGUGGUACCAGAACCAUAUGCUUAUCUCUAACCAGAACCAUAUCCUUAUCUGGUACCAGAACCAUAUCCUUUAUCUUCAUGGGACACGAGCCACGGGACAUUCACAUGUCAAUCAGCUCCAUGGGGGGUCAGUCAGCUCCAUGGGGGGCCAAUCAGCUCCAUGGGGGGCCAAUCAGGCUUUUUACAUUGAAUGUUUGGCAAUAAGAGGGCCGGAAGGCCAAUCGGA